AUGGACCUCUCAGGCUCUCUACCUCCACCUUCCCCGUACACCUUUCCUGUUAGCCCCAAUGUCUCCGUCCCCCCCUCCUCGCCCUCCAUUUCUCCGUCACCCAGCCUGGCCUCCACUGCUCUCUUCUGCUCCCUCCUCUCCCUCCUCUCCCUGCUGGGCAUCACAGGGAACCUGUACACUUUGGGCCUCCUCCUGAGGCGCAGAAGGAGCAGGAGGAGACGUGGAGCUGGACCGACCUGCUGCCUAAUGAGAGUGCCUGUACCAUCCUGCCUAGCCAACACCUCCUCCCCUUCCUCCUCCCCCAUCUCCUCUACCUCCUCCUCCUCCUCCCUUCAUCUCCAGGUGUUGAGCCUCGCUCUCGCUGACCUGCUCUACCUUUUUACUGCUCCCUUCAUUGUAUACGACAGCUUGGCGUCUGGUUGGGCCUUUGGUGAGCUGGGCUGUCGCCUCCUCCUGAGCCUGGACCUCCUCACCAUGCACGCCUCCAUCUUCACACUCACAGCAAUGAGUCUAGACCGCUACCGGGCUGUGGCUCAUCCCCUGCACACCUCCUCCUCUAACUCCUCGGGCCUGCUGCGGGUGGGUCUGGCCUGGGGGCUGGCGGUGGCCCUCAGUCUUCCUAUGAUGAUCACGCUGCACCUGGAGGAUGGGGAGAACCAGGAGGGCCAGCUGUGUGUGCCAGCAUGGGAUGAGCAGAGUUCAAAAGCCUACAUGAGCGUGCUCUUCUGCACCAGUAUCCUGGGGCCUGGGCUGGCCAUCGGAGCACUCUAUGCCACUCUAGGCCGACUGUACUGGGUGUCUCAGACCAGGCCGGCCUGGGCCACCGGGAGCAGCGCCGCUUAUCCUCCCCGUGCCCCCAAACCUAAAGUUCUGCUCCUCAUCCUUGGGAUUGUCCUGGCCUUUUGGGCCUGCUUCCUGCCUUUCUGGAUUUGGCAGCUGCUGCCUCUCUACAAGCCCGACAUGCUGCCGACGGUUCCUGUCGGGACGCAGGUGACAGUGAAUCGUAUCCUCACAGGGCUUACCUACGGAAACUCCUGCGUGAAUCCAUUUUUCUACACGCUGUUGACUGGAAAACGCAGACGCAACAGACAGACGAUGACAUCAGCAAAUCAGCUCUGUCGUAAGAGCAGUCCGCUGCAAUAG